AUGCCCAGAGGCAGAGCCCCGGCAGCACUCAUGUCCUCCGUCAUCGCUCCCUCCAACCCGUCCGGCUCUGCAGGGCCCAAAGAGGUCGAGCUGAUCCUGGUAAAGGAGCAAAAUGGUGUUCAGUUCACCACCUCUGCCCUCGUUACUCCCACCGGUCAAACUCACCCCUCCGGAGAGGAACGAGAGACCUGGGGCAAAAAAAUCGACUUCCUGCUGUCCGUCAUCGGCUUUGCUGUGGAUCUCGCUAACGUCUGGAGGUUCCCAUACCUCUGCUACAAGAAUGGAGGAGGAGCCUUCCUCGUACCCUAUCUGUUUUUUAUGGUGAUAGCAGGGAUGCCACUCUUCUAUAUGGAGUUAGCAUUGGGACAGUACAAUCGAGAAGGCGCUGCUGGUGUCUGGAAGAUCUGUCCCAUCUUUAAAGGUGUUGGCUUCACAGUGAUCCUCAUCUCACUUUACGUUGGGUUCUACUACAACGUGAUCAUCGCCUGGGCGCUCUUCUACCUGUUCUCCUCAUUCUCCUCUAAGCUGCCAUGGGUCAACUGCAACAACACGUGGAAUAGCGCCAACUGCUCGGACCUCAAUGCUACCUUCCUGAACGACUCGCACAAAGCUACACCAGCCCUGGAGUACUUUGAGCGUGGUGUGCUGCACCUCCAGGACAGCACAGGCAUCGAUGAUCUCGGAUUGCCCCGAUGGCAGCUCACUGCCUGUCUUGCCGUGGUCAUUGUGGUCCUCUACUUCAGUCUGUGGAAGGGAGUAAAAACUUCAGGGAAGGUGGUUUGGAUCACAGCGACCAUGCCCUAUGUGGUUCUGACGGUGCUCCUGUUGCGUGGUGUGACUCUGCCCGGAGCCAUGGACGGCAUUAAAGCUUACCUCAGUGUGGACUUCCUUCGUCUGUGUGAUGCUCAGGUUUGGAUCGAGGCUGCGACGCAGAUCUGCUUCUCUUUAGGCGUCGGGUUUGGUGUGCUAAUCGCCUUCUCCAGCUACAACAAAUUCAGCAACAACUGCUACAGAGAUGCCAUCAUCACCAGCUCCAUCAAUUCCCUGACCAGCUUCUUCUCCGGCUUCGUCAUCUUCUCCUUCCUCGGCUACAUGUCACAGAAACACAACGUCGCCCUCGAUAAAGUCGCCACUGACGGUCCUGGUCUAGUGUUUAUAAUUUACCCAGAAGCCAUUGCUACACUGCCGGGUUCAUCAGUCUGGGCUGUGAUCUUCUUCAUCAUGCUGCUGACGCUGGGCAUCGACAGCGCCAUGGGUGGCAUGGAAUCAGUGAUUACGGGACUGAUCGACGAAUUCAAGUUCCUGCACAAACACAGAGAGCUGUUCACCCUCUUCAUCGUCGUCUCCACCUUCCUCAUCUCGCUGUUCUGCGUUACCAAUGGUGGAAUCUACGUGUUCACACUGCUGGACCAUUUUGCUGCGGGUACGUCGAUCCUCUUUGGUGUGUUGAUUGAAGCCAUCGGCAUCUCCUGGUUUUAUGGUGUGGAUCGUUUCAGUGAUGAUAUCCAGCAGAUGAUUGGACAGAGACCUGGUUUAUACUGGAGACUUUGCUGGAAAUUCGUCAGUCCCUGUUUUUUGCUGUUCAUGGUGGUGGUGAGUUUUGCGACAUUCAACCCUCCCAAAUAUGGUUUCUACUCCUUCCCUAUGUGGGCAAACCUGCUCGGCUGGUGCUUGUCCAUCUCGUCCAUGAUUAUGGUUCCUCUUUACGCCCUUUACAAGUUCUGUAAACUUCCGGGCAGCUUCUGCACCAAACUAGCAUACGCUAUCACACCCGAGACAGAGCAUCAUCUGGUGGAGCGCGGUGAAGUGCGACAAUUUACGCUCCAUCAUUGGCUGGUGGUGUGAAUGUACAAAAAAAAAAGCCUUGAAUUAAAGAAGUACAAAUCCAUCCCACCUUCCAUCAGAUACAACUAGUUUACAUGCAUUCAUUGGCAAUUUGAACAGCUACAUCUACAAUACAGAUGUGGGUAUACAGUUACUGACUGUAGCCCCUCUGUUGCCCAUCGGACAAGCUUUAUUAUAUAUUUCAGUGACUGCUGAAAUCUGUCUGCUGCUGUAAAAUUUAAAUAAAAAGCUCAUAAAUAAACAGUUUAAAAUGA